AUGUACUUCCACUCGUGCAUGCCAUCCCCUUCUUGUGAGUCGGGAACGGUUUGUAUCAAUGGAGUCACUACCGGCUCUUGCUGUACAAAUCCAUCUCAGAAGACGUGGCCCUCUCCUAGCGCUCUCAACAUCCAAUGCCGAAAGUACCGAGGAGUAAGCUGGUGCUCAAAGGACUACGAUUGUCACGGAUCGUCGACGAUGCCGUCCAAGUGCUGUCCAACCGGCUGCAAUUACAACAUGUGCGUUCACAUGGGAGUACCGCAGAGUGUGACGCGACAUCGACGAUUUCCUUUAUUGUACUCUUCCGAUACAGAAGAGCAAGAGAGCUGUCCUGAUCCGUACACAUUGCAAAUGACAUGUACGAUGAGAAAACCGACAAGCUGGUGUUUGUCGGAUGCCGAGUGCCCGUCCGUGAACUCAAUGCAACCACGAAAAUGUUGUACUACGAUUUGUGGCUACAAUGCAUGCCUGGUUAAAUACAAUGGAAAAUGGAUGCUGGGCUAG